AUGGGAUCCGCCAUAGGAUCAUCUGCCAUGGGGUCCGCCAUGGAUCCCGUACAGGCUUUCGCCGACCUUAUCGGCACGCCCCGUCCAGCCGCGACUCUCCUGCUAGCUAGCCUCGCGUUCGUUCCGAUCGCGUGGCUUCACAGAUUCAUAUCGUCGCCUACACUCCGCCAUCUGUACUGCACAGUAACGGGACUGCUUCUAUCAGCGUUCGUGUUCGGAUGGACGGCGAACGCGCACUUCUUCGUGUGCAUGUUCUACUCCAUGGCCGUAAUGCGGCUCCACGUCAUCAUGCGGACCCACGAGACCCGCACGGAGGGCGUGCUCGACUGCACAGGCGCACUCACCGUCCUCGCUACAAAGCUCUCCGCUGUCGCGUAUAGCUACCAAGACGGGCUCACGCUGUUCACGGAGAAGGACGAAGGCGCGCAAGCCAAGGACGAGAAGGAGAAGAAGGAAUUGACUGAGGAGCAGAGGCGGCGGGAGGAGCGGAUGGAGCGUUCGCGAUUGGAGCGGCGAAAAGCGGCGCUGGUUACCAUGCCGUCUGUGGUGGAGGUGAUGGGGUACCUGUUCUGCUUCGGGCUGCACAUUACAGGCCCGUUCUUUGAGUUCAAGGCGUACUACGACUGGACCCGGCGACAAGGGCAGUCCGUCCUUCUGCCAUCCUGCCGUGCAUUCGUUCCAGGCGGCAUCUCCGUUCGCCUCACCAUUCUGCACGUUCCCACCCAUCCCCUUCCACACCACCUGCAGAUCUGGUCCCCGAGUCUCAAGCAGCCAUUGAUCAUCCCACCAUUCGUCCUCACAGCGACCGUCUUGCUGCUCAUCUCCCCCUCGCUCGACCUCUCGCACAUCAGCGACCGCCACAAGAACCACUCCUUCCCCUUCCAUCCGCACUGGGUCUUCCCCUUCUCCCUUCUGUGCGCCCCCACCCAUCCCCUUCCUCGUCACUCACAGAUCUGGUCCCGAGGUUCCAAGCAACCGUCCUUCCUCCCCCCAUUGGUCCGCGCGUUCACCCAGGGCGUCCUCGCAGCGCUCGUCUUCCUCCUCAUCUCCCCCUCGCUUGACCUCACUCAAAUUAGCGACCCACACAAGAACCGUGCCUACCCCUUCCACCUGCGCUGGCUCUUGGCGCACCACGCCUGCAUCGUGUGGCGCUUCCGCGCGUACAUCCUCUGGAUCAUCACCGAGGCUGCCAUGAUCGUCGGCGGGCUGGGCUUCAGCGGCUGGGAGACCGGCCCCAAGAAGGAGGCUGGGAAGGGCGGGGAGUCCGGGGAUGUGAAGGUGAACGGAGGGGAAUCCGAAGGGGGAAUGGCGAAUGGGAAGCGUGGUGGGGAUGGGGAUGCGGGGAAGCAGGAGGGUGAUAAGGCGUGUGGAGCCGGGCUCGCAACUCCUGGGGGUUGA